AGACGCCGGGUGGGAGGAGCUACGACAUCCGUGAAGACGACGGUUAGUGUCUAGCGGCGUGAAAGCAGUCUGAUGGAACAAGUGUAACGAAGAAAUAACAAUACCUCUGUUGCACCUGCUGUCUGUUGGUCCUGUCCUCUACAGAGAAAUGCUGACCUCAUCUCACCACUGACCAGUGUUCAUUGAGUUAUCAGGCCAACUAUCAAAGGACAGCAGGACUCUGAAGGGCCUGGACAUGGCUGACAAGCAGCAGAGACCUGCUGCUGCAUCAGAUGGCUCAGCUGAAAGCAAAAGGACGGACGUCAGGGUCAACGAGAAGAAAUGCUCUUGGGCAUCCUACAUGACCAAUUCUCCAACAGUGAUAGUGAUGAUUGGUUUGCCUGCCAGGGGGAAAACCUACAUGUCCAAGAAGCUGACACGCUACCUCAAUUGGAUCGGAGUGCCAACUAAGGUGUUUAACCUUGGAGUUUAUAGGAGGGAAGCCGUGAAGUCAUACAAGUCUUAUGACUUCUUUAGACAUGACAACAAGGAAGCAAUGCAAAUUAGAAAACAGUGUGCUCUGGUGGCACUGCAGGAUGUCAAGUCUUACCUAAAUGAGGAAGGAGGACAGAUUGCCGUAUUCGAUGCCACAAACACCACCAGAGAAAGGAGAGAACUUAUCCUUAAUUUUGUGAAGGAUAAUGCAUACAAGGUUUUUUUUGUGGAAUCCAUUUGUGAUGAUCCAGAUGUUAUUGCUGCAAAUAUCCUGGAUGUGAAAGUGUCCAGUCCAGACUACCCUGAGAGAGGCCGAGAAAGUGUCAUGGAGGACUUUCUGAAGAGAAUAGAGUGUUAUAAAGUAACUUACCAACCUUUGGAUCCUGAUGAACAUGACAAGAACUUGUCCUUCAUCCAGGUCAUCAAUGUUGGCCGUCGUUUCUUAGUCAACAGGGUACAGGAUUACAUCCAGAGUAAGAUUGUCUACUACCUCAUGAAUAUCCAUGUCCACUCCCACUCCAUCUACCUCUGUCGGCACGGAGAGAGCCAUCAUAAUGUGGAGGGACGCAUCGGAGGAGACUCUGAGCUGUCUGACAACGGGAAGCAGUUUUCAGUAGCUCUGAAGUCUUUUGUUGAAGAACACAGUCUGACGGACCUGAAGGUUUGGACGAGUCAGCUAAGGCGUACCAUUCAGACGGCAGAGGAGCUGGGGGUUCCUUAUGAACAGUGGAAAAUCCUGAAUGAAAUAGAUGCUGGAGUGUGUGAAGAGAUGACAUACAAGAUGAUAGAGGAAACAUACCCAGAGGAAUAUGCCAUGAGGGACCAGGACAAGUACCACUAUCGCUACCCAGGAGGAGAGUCCUACCAGGACCUGGUUCAGCGGUUGGAGCCAGUCAUCAUGGAGCUGGAGCGACAGGGCAACGUGUUGGUCAUCUGUCAUCAGGCUGUCAUGCGCUGCUUGCUCGCCUACUUCCUGGACAAGAGUGCAGCUGACCUCCCGUAUAUGAAGUGUCCACUGCACACUGUCCUUAAACUCACCCCUGUGGCUUAUGGGUGUAAAGUGGACAUGUUCGACUUGAAGGUGAAGGCCGUCAACACUCACAGGGACAGACCAUUAAAACAAGUCAGAGCUGAUACAGUUCCGCCAGCAUUCCUCCGAAGGAACAGUUUCACUCCCCUGUCCAGCCAAGACCAGAUUAAACGACCUCGACUGUACAGCGCAGGCAACCCUCCACAGCCCCGCACGUCACAUGCCCCCACUUUACCCAGCAUGCCGUUUUCAGAGGCAUCUGAAGGACCAGAGUUGUUUCAAAGCCAGGACUGUCUAAAUGGAUUCAGUGCAGCAGACGCAGAUGACUGUGUUCGGAAUUGAAGAAGCACAGAAUCAGGUUUUCAUCCACAUGGAUUCAUCACCAGUUCUGAGGACCAGCAGUGGGAAAUACCAGCCAGCUUCAGUUAAAUCCAUAAGCACUGUUUUAAUUGCCACAUCCUAAUAUGUAGUAUCUGUGAAGAGUCUGUUAGCGCAAAAUAUAUGUACUUUUGCCUUAAAAACUGGACUGUGCCCUAGUUUAGAUUUCUAAUGUAAAUAUUUGGAAGGACUACAGUAAUAUGCUGUAUUAGAACAUGCUGAUUGUGAAUGACAUACCUCAGUGGAUGCUGCCUUGAGUUUUAGUGGAAGAGAGUGCCUCUGUAAGGAAAACUGUGCACAGCCUUAGAUUAUCCGCUGUAGUUUCUUUUAAGCUAUUUUUUAUACAUUCCCAGGUAAUGUACAUCGUACCUCAGAUGGACAAUGUAAAGUGAGUGAUGUCUAAUUUAAGAAAAUUAAAUCACAAGUGAGUUUGUAGUUUCAUUCCUGCACCUACUCAAACAAUGUGGGUGGAUACGAGCUUUAAAAAGUAAUGAAAUGUGUGGUCUAGUCCUAUAAAAAAA